AUGUCCAGCUUCACCUCCUCCAAGAGCUCCUCCAAGACCAUGUCUUCUGACGCCGCCUCCACACAUUCCACCGUUUCCACCGCAACAACGCUAAAGGGCACCGACUUCCCCAACAAGAAGAAGUGGUUCUCGCUGAGCUCCAAGUCCGAGCCUAAGCACGUCAACAAGUCGGAUGCUUUCUAUGCCAAGCAGGCUAUUCACAAUGAGGCUGUUGCUAGCUACUUCAGUAUGCGGUAA